UUGCGGUGGUCGUAUUUUAUUCUGCUCUUGGACUCUUUGCCAAAGUCUCUAUAUACUUUGUUUUAUCUUUUAUAAAAUACAUGUACGUAGUUUAUCAGAACUUGUCGUUAUACUAAGGAUGAUGAGGUGAUUUGACACCACUCUGCUAUUUUUUCUCGCGUUCUCCUUCGCAUACUACAUUGAAACCUCACAAGUGACGAGGACAGAGCCUAAACAUCUCUGGGUUAUGGGAUCCACAACGGCGACAGAAAGACUUAAAAUACGCCUCGUUUACGGCGCUCAAAAAGUUAACGGCAAACUGACGAGAAAUGCCUGAACGAAUGCAUUUAUUGAGAUGGAUUGUUGAGUCGAGUCACACAUCACUGAAGGACUGAUGGUGAGACGGGAUGGAAAUAUUUACGCACGGAGCAAUGCUUUCUUUGGGCCUGCAAGAACUACCUUGAGGCGAGUCAGAAAAUUGACUAAAAUUCUGUGCUGUUUGAGGAUCGUGUCAGUCGGAGCUUUUGAAAUACAUGAACAUUGUAUAACUUCUUCAGCUUCAAGUUUCCAGUUAAUGGAAAAAUAAAGUUGUAACCUAUUCACUGAUUUUUGCCAACACCAUAAACUCGGAUACGUUAUUAAUGCGGAAUUAGAAUUUCACCAAAGUACAGUGUGGUCGGUCUGAUUUUCAAAAGUCUCGGAAAUUUAUCGACGGAGCUGAUGUCACCACCUCAUGCAUCUGUCGGAUCUAUAUCGAGUGUUGAUCGGUCAGGUAAACUAUUAUGACACUUUACAUAGCCGGAGGGAAUUACGUUACUUCGGCGUUGAUUGAAUCUACUUUAAUCCAUACAUGUUCCAACCAAAGUUUAAUCAAACCACGGAGUUCACUAACACCAUUUCAAGUAAUUUACUUGCCAAAAGCGCCGGUGUUGGUGACGCACUUGACGGUGAGACUUUCAAAAGGAACUUGUAUUAAAACACGGAAGCGUUUUGCACACUUUUUGUUCCCAUGUUUUGCAUGUUCCUGCCAAGCAUUGUCAGUUGGUCCUGUAGAUCCCAUUUCAGUCUCAUUUGAUCCACAAACUCACAAGAACUGAAGCCCAGAGUUAACGCCAACAAAGCGCCCUGUGCACCCGGAUUCAACGUGAUAACAGCAUUUUCAACGAAGUGCCGAAUCAAUUGCAACAUGACAAUGCAGUGUGAAAAAUAUCAGAUAUAUAUAGUUUCAGGUUUGUGAAAGAAGUGGGGUGUCUAGCCGUCGACCUUUCAGCAAAGUAUCUAUUACGGGUAUUUCAAAGAUCACCAUGGAGGAAGCCGGCACAUUAGUUACCGACAACCCAAACUUGAACAGAGGUCUAAGUGCCGGUCUGUCCAGCACAAAGGAAAAAUCAGUCAGCAAAGUUUUGAUGGGGCUGAAACACCUGAAGGCUGACGACAUCGGUGUGCUGAAGUACACUCGCUCAUCGGAGCUGGGGACGCAGGUGAAAUGCAGCAACCAUGCCCACGAUGUCUCCUCUCGGAAACAGGUGAAUAUGUGGCAUCGAGACCAGCGCAUUGCUGUGGCCAAACUGGCCCGCGGGCAGCAGAAGAUGUUCCGCAAUCUCAUUCGCGUUCAGAACGAGAAGAGACGCAUUCAGCGGCGGGCUCACAUUAGGAAACAGAGGGAGAUGCAGAUUGAGCUGAGAGAGAAGGCGGUGAGGGAGAGGGAAGAGGCGCAAGACAGACUGCGAAACAUGAUCAUGACGGAGGUACACAAUGAAAAGACUCUGGAUGAUGACGAUAAGGUAUUCCCUCCGCCAUUGCCAGAGAUAAGCGAGGAAAGAGACAAGGAAACGACGGGUGGAAUCAAGAUGGACGCAGGCAGCACAGCCUUGAAAAACGGAUCCAGUCACUUUACCAGAUCUUCUCACUCUGGCGAUUAUUUACAUUCUAAAGAAACAAUCCACAGCUCCACCACGUCUCAAUCAACGUCUAGACGGUCGCCAUCUCAAAAUUCAUUAUCGUCACUACGGGCAAUUCCGAAUAGAGAAACAUCAGAGGUUCUAGAAAUGGUUACAAAAGCAAAUGUACCACUCAUUCCAUCUCUGAAAGAAAAGUCUGUUAUUAAAGAAAACGGAACAGGACUCAUUUCCAGACCUCAUUUUUCCAGAGAAGCCAUACAAACAAAUGUGAGGACUGCUCUUGAGUUCGAAAAAGGUGAUAUAAACCGAAAUAAAGUUUUACCCGGGAUUGUAACAAACAUUUCCAAAGAUCAAUCUUGCCAAAGUUACGAUGAGGGAACGUCCUACGAGGGCAGAGACUCGGUUUUUGAGGACGAUGUUACGGCAGUGACGGACAGAGCCAAAGAUCAAGCAACCAAGGAGACGAUGAAGCGCAAACAGAGCGAGAGAUCUAGAUCAAGAAACAAGUACCACAUCGGCAUCCCUAAUCGAACAUUCCGCCUGCCUGACUAUCAGGCUCCGGUGGUAACGAGUGUGGUGCAGUACCACCGGAAUAGCGCAGGGAGUUUAGUGGCGAGUGAAGUGGCCGUCAAGCCGGCGUCGGAGGAGUACAAGCUACCGUCACGACGAGCCGAGUACAUGGUAGAGAAGGCGCUGGAAUGGGAGAGGAAAAGAGAAGACAAACGACAGAAGAAGCUGAAAGGAUUCCUUGACAGGAUGAAGGAGAUAGGUAAGAGACUGACCCAUGUAGAUUUGUGUCUGGGUGCAUUCGCUGAUCAUAAAAGUUGUGACGAGUUAAAGAGCUACGUCCACUAUGGUCAGUUACAGGGAGUUAUUUUGAACAAAACCAAGUCUGGCACAUUCCUGGAUGUUCUUAACUUGCUUUUAGGAAAUCAGUAGUUUUGACGCUGUGUAUGUAGGAAUUUGACCCAACCAAAAAAAAAAAAA